UGCGCUCGGUGUCUGGGCGGGCACAAGUGUCCCACGCGCGGGCCCCGCAGCGGCGCCGCUUUCCCGCCGAGCAUGGGGCUGCCUCGGAGGGCAGGGGACCCGGCGGAGCUGCGCAAGAGCCUGAAGCCACUGCUGGAGAAGCGCCGCCGCGCGCGCAUCAACGAGAGCCUGAGCCAGCUCGAGGGCCUCGUCCUGUCGCUGCUGGGCAGGGAGAGCUCCCACUUCUCGAAGCUGGAGAAAGCGGACAUCCUGGAAAUGACCGUGCGCUUCCUGCAGGAGCUGCCCGCGUCCUCCUGCCCGACGGCACCGCCCACGCCCUCCGACAGCUACCGCGAGGGCUACCGAGCCUGCCUGGCGCGCCUGGCCCGCGUGCUACCCGCCCGCCGCGUCCUGGAGCCCGCCGUGAGCGCUCGCCUGCUGGAGCACUUGCGCCGGAGGGCUGCCAGCGCCACCCCCGACGGUGGGCGCGCGGGGGACUCCUGCGGCCCGCCCGCGGCCUCCCCGCCGCCCGCGCCCUCGCCACCUGCGCCUCUUCGGGACCCAGGCCUCUGGCGGCCCUGGUCGUCCCCUGGCCGGUCCACGGGACCCUGCUGACAGCGUGGGGCCAGGAAUGCCGGACAGACUGAGGAAGCUCUUGGUGGCGGCUUUCCUCGCCACCGCGAGGGACCAGACUGGUACCUACCGCCCGGCCAGACCCGGAUGCUUGUGAGCUGUGUGGCAGACUGACCUCCACGGGGGCUCAGGAAAUAAGAGGAGAGGCCUACUCUCAGCCCCAGCUUGGGGUGUCUGGGCUAGAGGUGGAGGGGCAGGUGGCUGCAGGGAGAAGAAAAGGCCUCCCACCCCAGUUGGUGGAUGGGUUCUAGAGCUGGGCCAGCCACUGCUGCCUGGGCAGCCCGCACACCUGCCGCAGCGCUGGCACCAGCCCAGGGGCUGGGCCAGGAGCUCACCUGAGCCAGGGGCAGCAAUCUGCUCUGACUGGUCGCCACUCUCCCAGCCCUGCCCGAACCUGCCUUCUCGCCAGCUCAGCUUGGUAACCUCUGGGCACACAGCAGCAACGGCCGGAGGGGCUCUGAAGGCUGGGGAGCCAUGUCCUCCACUCCUGGGCUCCCUGCCUAAAGCUUCCAAUUAUAGGGACAGGAUGCAGCCAGGGCUCUGUGUCCCUGGGGGUGGGGCUUCCUUAGGUAGUCUUGGGAAGGAUUUAUUUCCCUAAGCGUUAGGUUAACAGCUGUGUACCGCACACCAGGCCAGGUGGCCUUGGGGUGUGAAGAAGGGGUGGGACAAGAAUGAGGGUGCCCUGUGGCCUCAAGGAAGCUUGCCACCUCGAAGGGCCCGGGUCCAGCACAGAGCUGGUGCCAGUGUGAGGUGAGCAGGUCCCAUGUCCUGGAGCAGCAGACAUUCAAGGGGUGGCAC